UUGGCAUCAGGAGCUGCGGACCCAGACAAUAGCAGAGCUGAGAGAAGCAGGGACGUUAGGACACAAGCGGAAUGAGAGGACGGAACGGGUCCAAAUGCCGAUAGAAGAUAAACAGAACAGUAUCAGAAACACAGAGGGAGAGAGAGAAAGAAAGAAAGACAAAAAUGCUCUGCCUUGACCCGCGGUCAGGUUAGGAAGCCUCGCUGAACAGGGACGGAUUUGAUGUAACAAGUGUCGGACAGCAUUCCUGCUCCUGUGGAAGCAUGAGCUCCUCUCCGAUUGGCUCUCGCGUAUCUGUGGACAUCCUGGAGGAGCUGCAGAUCUUCGCAGCCCAAAACCUGGAAAAGCUUGAGGUCAACAAGUACUAUGAGGUCAUCCGGGAGCUGGGGAAAGGCACCUACGGGAAGGUGGACCUGGUCAUUCAUAAGAUCAGAGGCACCAAGAUGGCUCUGAAAUUCCUCAAGAAGAAAACCACCAAGCUAAAGAGCUUUCUGAGGGAGUACAGUAUCUCGCUGUACCUCUCGCCCUGUCCUUUUAUAAUCAACAUGUUCGGCAUUGCGUUCGAGACGGAGGAUUACUACGUUUUUGCACAGGAGUACGCUUUAGCGGGGGAUCUCUUCGACAUCAUUCCUCCUCAGGUGGGACUUCCAGAGCCGGUGGCCAAGCGCUGCGUCCACCAGGUGGCCAUUGCCUUGGACUACCUCCACUGCAAGAAGUUGGUCCACCGCGACAUUAAGCCAGAGAACGUGCUGAUCUUCGACCGGGAGUGCCGCAAGGUGAAGCUGUCAGACUUCGGGAUGACGCGGCGGGCCGGCUCUCCAGUGAAGCGCGUGAGCGGCACCAUUCCGUACACGGCACCCGAACUGUGCGACGCGUCUGCCCGUGACGGUUUCUGCGUGGACUACGGCACGGACGUGUGGGCUUUUGGCGUACUGCUCUUCUGCAUGCUGACAGGCAACUUCCCCUGGGAGAAGGCCUUGCCCUCGGAUGGCUUCUACGAGGAGUUUGCUCGCUGGCAGCGGCGCAGGACGGCCACCGUCCCUUCGCAGUGGCGCCGCUUCAGCGACGGGGCGCUGCAGAUGUUCCGCAAGCUGCUGGCCCUGGAACCUGAGCACCGCUGCCAGGUCAAGGAGGUGUUCGCCCACUUCGGUCACCGCUGGAUGCUGGAUGGAGAAGGAGCAGGUGGUCACCACCAGGGGGCACUCAGCUCUUCCUCAGAGGAGGAGGAGGAGCUGCUGGUGGACCGCAUGAAGCAGCAGACACUGUCUCCGGAGGUGGGCGGAGUCAAAAGUGGAGCAGCGGAGGCAGGGGAGGCUGCCACCCACCACUUCACCUCCGUGUCCACCAACAGCUCCGUGUCAUCCACCAACAGUUAUGAGCGCGUGCCCAGGGACAGCGCUGCCAAUGGCCGCAUCCUGGUCACUACCCCCAUAGAGAUCUGUGUGUAGAGAUCCUUUACUUGUACACCAGUGGUCAGCAACCCUGAACUCCUGAACUCCUGAACUCCUGCCUAGAGCCGCACAAUGUGUACAACACCAUGUUGUGAAUAUGGUGAAAUAUACUGGCAUUGUGAUUAGCAAAGAGGUAUAACUAGUUACCUUCACUCAAUUACAGGUACCCACAUCAUGAUUCUACUCACAUAUAUGUGUGAGGAACGUGAUCUAAUUAGUUAUAUUUCAGUCAUUAACAUCUCGUUUCUCUAUUAGCAUCUCUCAAUUUGGAGCUUUUGGAUAUUAUUUUAAUAGCAAAUAAGCUAACUGCUAACAAAUUUCACUUCCUUUGCUAGUUAAGUAGUUUUGGUUUCCUGCUACUUUUGCCAUUAUUUCACUACAGGAAUAAAACUUGUACUUGACUAGAGGCUUAAAACGCUCUUUAUGCGCCUCUGGCUAUACUACGAUAUACUGUUUGUGAAUGUAAUUUAAAUUGGCCUCCAUUAUUUUGGUGAACAUUUCUAUUGGAUCAUAGGAAUGUCUUGAUUAAUCCACUCAAAGAGCAUCUGUGAUUGUCCAGGAUGCUCAGAGCACCCGAUACAUAUAGAACCAUUUGCAUAUAUCACCAUCACAGGUGCAAAUUCGAGGGGGGGUGUGAGGAAGUUGAGGGUGGGGGCAUGUCCUUUCCACUUUUGGAAGUUAAUUGUAGGGGGUUGUAAGAUGUUUUUUACAGAAAGAGUUGCAAAAGCGCCGUUUGACAUCACAUACAUGUAAAGUGCUGUAUGUAAUCUUUAGUCUCUUGGUAUUGGCCCCCCUCUACUUGUCCAACUCUGAAUCCCUAAUUGCGAUAAUGAUUGACAAAUGAUACUUUUAGAAACCCAGAACACUGAAACUCAAAACACACUCAUCCAGCCUGUAUACGCUCAAUUAAUUAGAGCUGUGUACAGAACAAGAUCCCCAAGGGGCAGAGGGGUGUUGACCACUGAUGUGUACAAAUAUAUUGCUUCCUUACUGAAUAAUUAUAAAACACUCAUAAAUAAAAGACUCAUAACAUGAUGUGAAGGAUUUCAUGACACCUCUGACAGUGACUGGACAGAGAAACUAAGCAAAAAAUUAGGUCAACUACUUUAUGAAGCAGAUCUGUGCUUGUGAUUAGUGUCUUUUUUUCUGUUAUAUUUUGUUUUGGGUUUUUUUACUGUUGCCUCCUAGAGCGAGACCACAUUGCACUGUUUUGGGAAAGAUUUCCUUAAGCUCGCUGACUGUCUGACAGUGCACUUCCUCAGAGGAAAUCUUGAAGGAGAGAAGCCGCGGUCUCCCUUCACAGACCGACAGGAUUUGAUCACGAUCGGAAAGCAUAAGCUACACAAAGACAUGGCAGAUUUGGAGGAAUGAUGAGGGCUAGACCAAAACAAAUUCCUUAAAGCAAUACAAGAUGCAAAAAAAGAAAGAAAUGAAAUGGACUGGGAAGAACCUUGCAGAUCACUCUUGGACAAAGGAAGGUGCACCUUUUUGGGGAACGGUGGUACAAAAAUGGAAAAAACUUCUACUCGAUGUUGUCAGGAAAAUCUUUUUGAAAACACAACAGAAGGAAUUUGCUGUACACGACCUGUUGCGUAAAGUGUGUGUGUGUGUGGGUGUGUGUGUGUUCGUAGGAUUUUGUGAGUAGUUAUUUUGGGUGUUAUUUUAGAUUUACCUGACUUGUUCAAGCUCUCUAGAUUCAGAAGUAUAUUUUUUCAAUUUAUUUGUAUGUAGUUUAAUGUUUCUCAUUUUAUUUAUUUUGCUACUUGGUUGACACACCUGUGCCAAAUCCAGCUGGCAUUGUACAGCCUCACUGCAAUGUCAAGUCCUGUUUAUUUCCUGGCUAUGGUCAUUCAGGACACAGUGAUACCAUCACUAUGUCACUGAACUGCUUGUGGUACUUGGCUGAAUUGGAGUUCAGGUGUAAUGAAGUAGGUUACAAGAUUCUUUUUCCACUCAGUACUUUCAACAAUAAUACUGUAUCUUAUAAUUGUAAUCUGUACUAAACAAAUAGCAUUCUGUAAUAUCAAAUUGGCCCCACUGACUUCCAGUGACCUUCCCAACUACUUGCAAUGCCCAUUGAUAUUGGAAUCAUAUUGGCAUCAGUGGAUAAUUUUGUAAAAAAAAAAAAAGCCAUUAUUAUGCGAGUCGACAUCAAAUUUCAAAUUGAUAUUUGUGACAUAUUUAUUGUACUCUGGAAGAGCAGAUGGUUUAAGCAACAUUAUUACGUCCAUGAUUAAGUCUAAGUCUUACUCUAAACAAAGAAGGACAUGCUGUGUCACUGAUGUGGUGUACAGCUGUUUUAGUAGAAAUUGUGCCCCCUUGUGGAGAAUCUUCAGCUUGCUAAAUAUGAGUGAAAAAUGAGUUUCAAGCCGAUUCGUAUCUAAAACAUGUUGCAUAUCUUUGUAUGGCUAAUCCAAGAGAUUUAAUCCCAAUUUUUACAUUUGAUAAAUGCAUAUAUGUUGGCAGAUAUGUACAUAAAUCAAAUCGGAUAUCAGCAUCAGCCCAAAAAUUCCCAUAACAGUGCUUCCUGAAUAAUUACAAAAGCUAAUGACUGAUUCCGUGAGGGAAAAUUGAAAAAAUAGAGGUCUGGAUAUUUUCGAGUGUUUUCUACUGUAUUGUGAAAGAGAAAACUGUUUUUACUUGAGCUUGAUUGGCAACUAUUACAUUGCAGGACCUUUGGGUUGCAUUUUGCCUACCAGCCCUCCAUGACAAACAUAUCUCUAUGAAGAUUUACAGGUGGAAAAGACAUAUUUUACUACUGUAUAUUCUUAAUUUGAUGUAUUGUUUUCUUUACCCUUGAUUAGUGAAUUGUUGUGACCUAUAUUUUUGUACUUUGAUUUGAAUUUAACGAAGAAACUAAAGAUAGUGGGGUGUACACAGUCACGUCUACUAGUUGCAUGAAUAUUAGACAAGCAUCUUUACUGGAAAAGAUUUGUCAUUAAGAUGUGACGGUUGUUAUGUGAGUUCAUUUUGCUGUAGCACAAAUUCUUGCAUAAUGUUCCAGAGUGAGGUCAUUGUUAAGAAAGAACUUAGGGCUAAUAUGUCAACGACAAAAUGACGUUAGUUUUUACCGUGUUGUAUUUGUGUAUUGUUGUUGUUGUUGUUGUUGUUGUUGUGUUACUGUCUACCCAAAACUAAAGGACUCUGUGAGUGUGGUGACAUUAUGGCAAGUAAUACUGAAAGUUUCAGUGAACAGAACUCUGACAUGGCUGAGAUGAACCCCACGAAAGAACCUGAAUUUCCUUCACGUUGCCCUGAAGACAAAGUGGAGAACUGGUAUUUUUUGUGUGUUAUUGCGUGUUAUUUAUUUUUCCCAUGACACGUGUGCAUGAAUUUAUGAUAUGUGCUGGAAAUAUGUUCCAAAAAAAAAAGGCGAGUAAACCUUGUAGUAUCACCCUCUUUACCUUUAGAAAUGGGGUGGAUGUCCUGUACAGCAAUCAGCACAGAUUUAACUAUCUUCCACCUUCUGAACAUGUUGUGCAGCUGUUGUCUACAGUACCAGUAGGCUUUGUUGUAAAGAGAUGUUAGAAUAUAUCUGUCAUUUUUGGCCUUUCAGUGUGCCAGGACACAAAGACCCCAGAGCCAUGUGCUUAUGCUAUUUUUCAGUUUAGAACAAAAAGGGAUUGGCCACCAUCUAUGGGCUUUCACUCCCACAGCACCAAACCCCUGACCUCUGGCCCACCUGUCUUUGCAAUACUACUGUCUUCCUGUAUGUUCAGAUUUAUUAAAAGUAAGUUGAAAAAGUAAA